GGUAGUGAGGGCCCCUUUCAGCGGGUGAGACAGUUCGGACGUGUCUUGUAAGUUCCGAGAAGCUUACAGAGUUUGGAGUCUCGCGUGUUGAGUAACGGGGUGUCACAGCAUUUGCUAUGCCGGGCCCGAAUCCCAGCGCUACCAAUGUGGGCGCCUCCGGCCGCUCCCCCAGCAAAGCAGUAGCCCCGCGAGCCGCAGGAUCCACCGUACGGCAGAGGAAAAAUGCUAGUUGUGGAACAAGGAGUGCAGGUCGUACAACUUCAGCAGGUACUGGAGGGAUGUGGAGAUUCUAUACAGAGGAUUCCCCUGGCCUCAAAGUAGGUCCUGUUCCAGUUCUUGUUAUGAGCCUUCUCUUUAUUGCAUCUGUAUUUAUGCUGCACAUCUGGGGCAAAUACACACGGUCGUAGAGUUUAACAUGUUCUAUCUGACAACUACAUUUUGGACCAAAAGUAUGGUUGCCUUCAGAUUAAAUAGAUGAAGCUGUUAAGAUUUUCUUCUCUAUUUGAUUCUGCUGUUGAACGGAAACAUUCUAUUGAGAAGGGUUUUUGAUUCCUUUCUGUCAAAGCUUGUACUAUUUGCAUCUAUGUACUUAAAUUACAAUUGAUUUCAUUAAAAUUUGUCUAUAUAAAUAAAA